ACUCGCGUGCAGAUGAAAUCUCUAAACCCAAGUUCUAAUGCUGAAGCACUUAUAAAAAGAAAAGCUACAUUAGAAAAAAACAAACAACUUGAAGCUGCUGUUCAAUGGUGUAAAGAAAAUAAUGUAAGAGGACAUCCUGCAAUUAAAACUAGACAUUUUCUACUUAUUAAAGAUCGUGAAACUAUAAACCAUGGGAUGGGAAAAUAGUCAAUGGUCUUGAAAGGCAGUACUGUGCAAUUCUUUUGGAGGAAGAAGAGAUGUCAAUUGUUUCAUACAUUAGGAAUAAAAAUCGAGCAAUGCAGGGCAUAAACAAAGCAGAACCAACAAAACUUGUCCUUGAUGUUCUGAAAGUUAGACAAUACACAAAUAAAAGAUUGAAAGGUGGGAGAAAAUUCACAGCAUUAUCAGCAAAUGCAAAAAAUGCUUUGAAACAAAACAAAUUAGGUAAAUCGUUCUGGAUGCGCUUUAAAGCUAAGAAUCCAAGCUUAACACUCAAACGAAAUGGAAAUGUGUCAAAUAGAGCUCUCAAUUUCACUAAGGAAAUGGCAUGUUCCCACCUUGACAGUCUUGCAGAGGAAUUGAUCGAGGCUGGCAUUAUGACUGAAGCAGCCCAAAAGGAAACUUUAGGGCUGUUUCAGAGUUUGGUCUGGAAAUAUUGAUCUAUGCAGAAUAUUUAAUCACAAUUAAACACCACAGUUUAUAAAUUUUGGUGUUGAUGGUACUCCUGCUGGUCUUGUUUUUGCUGCAAAAGGGGAAACAUGUUGUAAAAUGAUAAGAGAGAACCGUGAAUGUGUCACCAUUCAUCCUCUAGUAUCAUUUUCAGGAGACCUUUGUGUCUGUCAAGUACUCUUUGGUACUGUUGGAAUAACUAAUCAAAUGGCUCCACAGGAAGCUGUGGCAAAUAUUCCGCAUCUUCUAAUAACAACGUGCAAUCAUGGUGUAUCUGAUCACAAUUGGUUAUUAGAUAUGUAUAAAGAGUUUGAUGAUUAUCUUACUGAAAAAAAAGUUGCACGACCAGUAGUUUUGCAGGUUCACGGAUCAAUGAAAGGAAAAAAUGUGUUGGACUUAUAAAGAUAAUAAAGAAACAAAAAGAAGCAUUUUUACGGUGUAAAAAUGUCUGCAGAAAGUUAUCUUGUAAAGUGGAUGGGAAGAAACCGCUAAUGUUUUUAGCUGCUGCAGCAACCAACAACUCACUCAAACAUAAGGUUAUUGAGCAUGAAAGUGAUGAAGAUGUUAGCAGUUUGAAGGAUACACCAAUAAACUGACUUUACAGUUCUUAUGUCCAUAUAACAAUAUGUGAUAUGAAGAAAAUUCCAUUGGUAUUUAAAAGACUGUUUUUUGAGAUGACUGGCGUGCAGAUGGAUAUAGAUGGAAACAGAGUGAAUGCUGUAAAAUUCCACGUGGCUCUCCAGUUUACUCAAAACUCCAAUAUGCCACAGUUAUAUCUACUGGGACAUCAACUUUAUUUCAGAAGUUUGUGUAUAAAGAUUUAAGCCAAAAAUAUGUUUUUGUCAUUCAUUAUAUGGGAAACCACAACCUUCCUGUCCUUAAGCCACAUGGAAACUCUAAAAAAGCUUUUAACUUCCUACCAACAGCUUUAUCAAUGAGGAGUGCAAUUGUUAAUUCAAAAAAUUACAAAGAUCUACUCAUUGAUGUCAAAUACGAACAGAUGCAGUUUUAGCCAAGAAAUCCAAACAAUUUAAUUAUGUAAAAAGUGUUAAGGCAGCAGAAAGUUAUCAGGCAAUGGAAUUCAGGAAAUUAGUAGUUUGUUUGACGGAGGAACCUCCAGCAUUUACUUGGGGUAUUUAUAGAUAAUAACCCUAUUUCUAUCAUCCAAGAUGAUGCAUUUAAAAUUUUUCCAUCUUUAAGAGAACUGAUUAUAAAAAACUCAUUCUUAAAUGCAGUACCAAAUGCUGUUAGAAGAAUUCAACUUUUAUAUAAGUUAGAUCUUUCUAAUAAUCCUAUUAAAGACUAUGGAAGUGGCUCAUUUGAUUCAAAACACCUAAAGUCUAUAAAUCUAUCAAACACAAAAUUAACAUAUUUGGAUAAGAGUUUUUUUGAUAUGCUUCCAGACAUAAAUGAGCUAAUUUUAAACAACCUUCCACUUGAACAACCUGUUGAAAUAAAUACUUUUGCUUCAUUGGUUUCUCUCAUUAAUUUGGAGUUAAGACAUAGCAAUUUACAGGAGUUUCCAGAGAGCAUUGUUUUCAGUUUGCCAAUGUUACAAUCUCUAAAUAUUUUUGACAAUGUUUUUACAUGUGGGUGCUCAAUAUUAUGGCUUUACAAGGAAAGUUGGAUUCAGCGGUUUUGGUCAAAUGAUAUAAAUUUUCAUCAAUUUUUGUGCAGAGACAAAAUAACUUUUCAUUUAUAUUAUUUGUCAAAAACAAACAGUACAGAAAUUUGCAUUCCAACGUGGAGUGAAUGGUCACCAUGUCUCUCAACUUGUAGUGAUAACUUCAAAGAUCAAAGCAGAAGUGCAGAUUGCAUAGUUGAUAAUGCCAACUGUAAAGAUGGGAAGUUUUAUGAAGUGAGAAAGUGUGAGGCAAAGGGAUGCUCUGUUGAAACAGAAAGUAAGAUGAACUUUGCACCGUUAGAACUAAAACAAGCAGAAGAUCAUGCAAAAGGAGUUUCCAGUAGUGUGCAUAUUGCAAUAGGCUUUGGUCUCUUUAUAUUCUUUAUUGUUGUGGUUGCAGUUUAUAUGAAGUGCAAAAAUCGCAUAUAUAUUGGCAAAGGAGCGUUUAGCAAAUCGCCUGAAAAAGACUUUUCUAACUUAGUCUCAUCAAGCACCAAAAGUUUUUUAAAAGAUAAAUGGAAGUUUCUUUACAAAAAUAAAGAUAACAUUCCUCCUGUGCCUGGAAAGUAUAGAGGUUUUUUUCCGACCUAUGCUGAAGAUUCUUCAAAUAUCGCAAAAGUUAUUCCUCGAAGGCCUCUUGAAGACGACUUCAAUAUUCCUGAACACAUCAGGGCGAUGCAGAUUCAAUCUCAAAGUCAAUUUAUUCAAGAAAAUGUUUCUGAUACUCGUCUGAAUCACCCAUUACAAAAACAUCAACCGCCAUCACAACGAACCCAACCGCUGCCACAACGAAUAUCCUCAGAAGGAAUGUACUCUACUGUAAAUGAAUCAGCUGGUCCUUCUCGCAUUGUGCAUCGUCAUUCAGAAACAAUUGAGCCUUACGACGAUACAGAAUUUUAUAUUGAAGUAAAGCAAUCCCAUCACGAUCUACAUGAUCCAGAAGAUGAGACAAACGAUAAUAAAAAACGAGGGAUCUUUUUUAAUAUGUUUUAGAUCGAUUAGUUUAAUUUUUA